AUGGUUUUCUAUUUCACUUCGGACGUUGUCAAUCCAUCUGCCUUCAUUUAUGUCGGCAAGGACAAAUUCGAGAGGUCAGUCUUUUCCCCUCCGCCUUGCGACAGCGCCAUUUGCCCUAAUACAUCUAUACACCCGCAGUUCCACGUCGACAAUCUCUCAAGUGCACACGUAUAUGUACGCUUACGCGAGGGCGAAACGUGGGACAACAUUGCCCAGCCGCUUCUAGAGGACUGCGCCCAGCUCACAAAAGCGAACUCCAUUGAAGGAAACAAGAAGGACAACAUCACUGUUAUCUACACCCCAUGGUCAAACCUGAAGAAAGAUGGGUCCAUGGCCGCCGGUCAAGUCACUUUCCAUAAUCACAAGCUGGUCCGCAAGAUCUAUGUUAAGCAGCGUGAAAACCCCAUCGUCAACCGGCUUAAUAAGACUCGGGUGGAGAAAUAUCCCGAUCUCCAAGCCGAGAAGGAGGAAGAUACCCGGAAAAAGCAGCGCAGUGAGCGCAAGACUCGAGAUGAACAGCGCGCCAAGGAAAAGAAGAAGCAGCAGGAGUAUGAACAACUCAAGUGGCAGAAAGAUCAUGCAUAUGAUGACAUGUUCACGGAUGAGAAUAUGGAGGCUAGCAACAACCAGGAUCGUGAUGAGAAUUUCCUCGAUGACUUCAUGUGA